AUGGAUUUUACUGAAAACCCCUGGGAAGAGGUGGCUGAUGCGUCAAUUGUGGGGGGAACAGUGGGGGAAACGGUACGGGACGAUGCUGUUUCCUUGGAGCAGACGGUGAGCGAGCAUACAAGUGACGAGGAGUCGUCGAUGGAUUUUGGGGAUUUCGAAGAGGUGCAGUACGACCGACCCGAGAUCGACUUUGGGGUGUUGCGACAGGUGGGGGAACGCAACAAGGCCGAUGACAAGGUGUUGGAGUUCAGUGGAGACUGGACAGACAGGUACUUGGCGUUGGUUUCGAAGAAACGCCAAUGGAACACACAGCAACAGCAGAAAACGUACCGAACGCGCGUGGCCUACAAGGACACAGAAAUACACCGCAAGCUGCAAACGACCGCGCAGCACUGGACGAGCGUGGAGAAGCGCGUGGCCGCCGAGACAGGCGUGACGAACCUGUUCAGCUGGUCGAGCACCAGGGAGACGGCCACGCCGGCGAAGAAGACGCACCAGAUCAACAACAAGCUGUUGCGGGUUGCCGCUUCGCGGAGCCGCAAGAUCAUUGACGACCGGCUCGAGGUUCAGCGGCAGCAGCGCAAGAAGCUGGACGCAGAGCGACGCGAGCGGGAGCGGCGAAUAUUCGAAGAACAACAGCGCAAGGAGCAGGAGGCCCGCAAGUACCAGGUGGUGGAUGUGCCGCAACGGAAGGAGAAGACGUUUUUUGGCCGUAUUUUUGGCGAAAAGAGCAAAAUUUCGGCCGACAGUUUAUCCCACGACAAGGUUGCGCAGCCCACGGAUGGUGGAGAGGACGCGGGGGAUAUGAUCAAGGAGAUCAAGGAGAAGCUGAAACGCAGAGAGGACAGCGACGACGAAGAGAAGGAGGUGGAUUACGGCGAGAUCGGGAACGACAUGGAGUGGGAGCCCAACUUCCAAGAAGAAGAAAAUCAGGAGGGUCUCGAUCAUGUGAUCGAGGGACCUAUCCGAGAAACGCCAAGCGAGCCGGAAACAGACACCGAUUCGGAGUUUGACGAGUUUGUUUCCGAGCCCACCCCGACCGUUGUGGAGAGCGACCCGGUCACGCCAAACCAACCAACUAAUCUAAUCGACCUAUAG